UGUAAACAAAUUUUAGGAUGUGAAGAGUAAACGGAAGUUAACGGAUGUGAAAUACCAAAUACAACGUUUGUAUAGUAAAUUUUCAAAAAUAAAUUAAAGUAGAAACGACCAACAUCUCUAGAACAUUGAAGUAUAAGGACAAUAAACCUUAAUAAUAACAUUAAUACGAAAAAAUUCAAUAAUAUUGAAAAUCCAGGUUCAUACACAAUGACAACACAAACAUAUUUGAUAGAGAGGACUAGACUAGUCUGGUAAAAUGCCUAAUCAUCAACUUCUUAUGAAUAGUCCUCUUUAAUCCUCCAAGUUAGACAACAAUAUCCAUAUUAUGCCUUGAAUGCACAUGAAAUGUAGGCAUUUUGCUAAUCUAGUCUUGCCCUCCCUAACAAAUGAGGCCUUAAAGAGUUAGCUCGGCAUCAUGGCACUCCAAAAUGCACUACAUCGUGAUUUAGUAUCACACUUCUGAAAAACAAAACCCCUCCCUCUCUUUCACCCUUACCACAGUAUUAAUCUUAUUUCAAAUACUUCUUAUUAAUUGGUCAUAUUCAUGGCUCCUAAGGGAGACAAUGUUUCAGUUUCAAGUAUAAAUCUCGAGAAGAUAUUUAGCAUGAAAGGAGGCAAAGGAGAGUUAAGCUAUGCUAAUAAUUCCCAAGCCCAGGCCAAACAUGCAAGUUCCAUGCUUCACCUGCUUAAAGAAACCCUAGACAGAAUGCAGCUGAGCUCUCCAGAAGUCCCCUUUGUGGUUGCGGACCUUGGAUGCUCAAGUGGAAGCAACAGCAUCAACACCGUAGAUGCGAUCAUCAAGCACAUGGCCAAGCGCUAUGAUGCCUUGGGAAAUGACUCACCUGAGUUCUCAGCCUUUUUCUCUGAUCUCCCUAGCACUGACUUCAACACCCUCUUCCAGCUCCUCCCUCCUCUGGGCAACCACGGCGGCAGCAUGGAGGAGGCCCUUGCCACCGACAGCCACCGCUCCUACUUCGCUGCGGGAGUCCCCGGCUCCUUCUACCGGAGGCUUUUCCCGUCGAG